GCCCCAACCCUCAGAGCGUUACUAAGCAACCAUUCCCAUCCUGCUUCCAUCUUCUGUACUUUAUAGCAAUGAUUCACAAAAUGGGUGCCUCCAUCUGUUGCAAAACUAAAACUCCCAGCAUUCCCAAAAAGUCAAAGUCCAUCUGUUAACCCCCUCACUUCCUCAGACUUAUCAGAUCUUUCUUCUGUGCAGUUGCUUCUAGGGGUGUGGCUUACAUGGACUCAGAGACAGCAUAAAAGUCACAUGGUCUCUGUCUCCAAGGGUGGGAGCCAGAGGCAGUUAGGGGAAGAAAGCAGAGACAGAGUGGACACAGGAUAGAUCAUUUUCCUGCAUUUCGCACAUUUUGUGCUUCAUAUAGUUCUGCAAUGGAACAUUACUUUUAAUUUACUUUCUUAGGAAGUAAUAGUUAUCAUUACAUGAGGGAAUUAAAUUAAAUUUAUAUUUUACUUAACUGAACUUCCCCUUUAAAGGGGUAGUCCAGCCAUUCACUUCUAUGGGAGGGCAGGAGAUGCCCGAGUACAGCACUCCGGUUUCUCCAGCGCUCCCAUGCAAAUGAACGAAGCAUGUGCUAUCUGUAGCAAGAGUUUCUCUCAGAGAGUCCGGGUGCUGGGCGGGAGAUCACAGUAGAUCCUGUGGAUAAGUGCUUUUUGCUGGACUACCACUUUAAGACUCCAAUACAGUUGAAAAUCUGAGCGCUCUGCUCCAUUCUUUCGUUCAGCGCUCCCCGAAUGAUUCAGGCACUGCCUAUAUCUGAAUAUAGAGCAGCAGGAGAACUAUGACAGGAACUAGAGGACUUGCUGCACUGUGGGAUUUGCUUUGACUACUUUAACAUUGCCAUGAUGAUUCCGCAGUGUUCACAUAACUACUGUUCUCUCUGCAUCCGCAAGUUUCUGUCAUACAAGACGCAGUGUCCCACCUGUUGUGUGGCCGUCACAGAGUCUGAGUUACGGAAUAACAGAUUAUUAGAUGAUCUGGUGAGAACGUUUGCCAGUGCCAGGAAGUAUCUUUCCCAAUCUCUCUCGGUCACUUCACCACAGACUCCACAAGAUCAUUCCACAGGCAAGCUAGCUUCAAGUAAGAGACAGUUGUUUGCUGGAAAAGACAUAAAGCAGGAAAACAAAUCUAUGGACACGUUCCUGGUAAAAUCAAGUAAGAAGAUAUCCAAUAGAUCCUACAGUGCCACAGAUGAUGUCAUGGAUGCAACACUGGAUGGGGAACUGUCAGCUCCUUCAAGUUCCACUAUAAAAGUCAAACAGGAACCAGGUGUAAUGGAUCAAACAUCAGAGGAAGUGUCUCCUCCAAAUACCCCAUCCACUUCCUUGGCAAAAGUAAAAGUGGAAUGCCCGGUGUGUGGGGUCGGCAUUUUGGAGCAAUACAUCAACAAUCACUUGGACGGCUGCCUUACUAGGGAUGAAAAAAAAGAGAGCCUGCGCAGUUCAGUUCAAAAGCGGAAACCUGUGGCCAAAGUUGUGUACAAUCUCCUUUCAGAGAGGGACUUAAGGAAGAGAUUGAAGGAGGUUGGGCUGUCCACUCAUGGGUCCAAGAAGCAGAUGAUCAGGAGGCACCAGGAGUUUGUGCAUAUGUACAAUGCACAAUGUGACUCACUACAUCCCAAAUCAGCUGCAGAAAUAGUUAGUGAAAUCGAGAAAAAUGAGAAGAUACGCUCAGCUUUGGAGGCAAAAAAAGAAAGUGGCAUGACAUUCACCAAAGAACAGAGUGAAGAGCAAAUAGAUGAGAUUCAUCAGGAUUACAGGAAGAAACACAAGAAUGAAUUUCAGCAGCUCAUUGAACAGGUGAAGGGGCGAUGGAAGACCCCUAAGGGAAAGAAGGUGAAAGUGGAACUGACUGAAAGUGACAGAAACAUAGAUAUUAUCAGCCAGAAAAGCGUGUGCAGAAAAGUGAACGCAGAAAACUCUCCUAACCAUCAGCCAUUGCCAGAGUUUGUGCAAGAUUGUUCACCGGAAGCAGAAAAGUCAUCAGUCAUUCGCUCCAGCUCACCGGUUUUCCCUCUUUCACCUGAGUCUAGAGCCAGCUCAAGUUCUGACAUUCUACGGGACAUAGAAGAGGCCACAAUGCCGAAAGCAUCCAGUUCUGCCCUUGAUCGGUCAGGAGGCAGAGGAAAGAAGAGGAAAAUGUUCUCCACUGAAGGAUCAUCUGAACUGCUCCCAUCCAGAAGCAAGAGGCAGCGCAAAUAAUUUUUUUCAUUACCCCACCAUGGUUGACUUAAGAGACCUGAAAAUCUGCUGUAUCCAGAGCUUAGGAGAUGAGUUGGGAAAAUUUCACCUGUGAAAUCAAUAAUUUCCCAGUAAAUGUCGUCCAUGUCAGUCUAGUUUUUUUUUUUUUUUAAAGAGUCAAUAUGUCCUCCAUUAUAACUCCAAUAGGUUUGAUUGUCUGGAUUUAUGAAUAGUUCAUCUAUGUUUUUAUCUAGUGUUACUUCCCCUUAUUCCAUAAAGAAACUGUAUAUUUACAAUUCAGGAGCCCCUGUGAAUCUUUCAUUACAGCAUAUUGGUUGUCACCAAACUUUUCAAGAAACAGAAUUUUUGACAUUGACCACAUUAAACUUGUAGUAAAUUUAACGAUAGAUAACUUACUGCCGAUGCAGUAACAAGGAGGCUCCACCCUGUCUUUCCCCCAAUUUGUUGUCCAAGCCGUUUGGUGGUGCCUUUUUUUAUGGAAGAGCAUGUUGCCAUACAACAUCUCUCAACCUUCUUCACUGCGCCUCCUUUAGAUUCUUCUAUGGGGUGCGUUCCUAUGGGGUAGACUUAGUGGCGUUAUGGUCACAUGCUCCUACAUAGGGUGCCAUGUUUAGGACGGGAGAGCCAUCCAGCCAGGAGAGCAUAAUGGGGGAUUGAGGAGGCUCUGCGGGACCAUUCAAAGCGCUAAAAUAAGGCACGGGCAGUAAGUGAUCUAUAACUUUACUACAUGUUUUAUAAAAAUGCUUAAACAAUUUGUGUCAUUUAAAUAAGCUUUUGACAUGUAGCACAGACAUGUUAAAAGUUUAGAACAAUUGCGGUCUCAAACGUUAGAUAUAACUAGGAGAUCUUAGAGUUAUAAUGAAUUCCAUCUCCUGCAAUGUACAUGUGAAUAUACCCUAAUGGUAAUACAUGAUUGUAGGAUUUAUUUGGGAAAAGUAGAUAUCUUCAUAAUGCUAAUUCUUGGACUAGAAAAAAGCAGGUUGGUUACAGCUCAUCACUCUUGAUGUCAGUUUUCAUGGAUAUUUUAUCCGAGGUGCAUGGGACUGGGAACACAGAGCCGCUUUGUGGUAGUCAUCAGUAGAGAAAGGAAACUCCCGAUUGGAGAGAGUCCAGCACUCAGGGAUAACGUUAAAACAUAUCCAGUUUUCUGGAAACUUCUUUAAAAUGUCCAGUGGACUUAGCACACAAACAAAGGGUUUUAACUAUUUUGUGCAAAGUCCACCAGACAAUUUAAAGAAGUUUCAAUAAAAUUGGAUUUGUUUUAACUUUAUACCUGAGUGCUGGACCCUUUCUCUACUAAUUCUUGGACAACAUUUGCUGUAAAAGCCUGUGGUGUAGCAGGGAAAGUGUACAAAAUGUGAAAUUGUCAACCACACUAUUUUUGUAGGUGGGAGAUAAUGGGGUAUUUAUGGGAGCCCUGCAGAUGGAGGAUAGUGUAAUAUAUAGUGUUUUAUGCUUCACAUGGACCUUGUGUCCAGACUGUGACCUCCAAAAUGUGCAUGACAAAUAUUUUAUCAUGAAUGUAGAACAAACUUGUGAUGGAAACAUUGUUAUUUUUAGACUUCUCUCAUAUAUUGCAAUAAUAGCCCUGUUGUGCUUUCACAUAUUGAUUUGUAUUGAGCCUAUUUUAGGUAUGAAAAAAUACUCCAGCCUAUAUAUUUUUUUAUUAAGAAUAUUACCAUAAAGAUAAAAUCUUUUUGUGCUUUUUAUACUUCUCUGGUUGCUCCAGGUUUGUCCCUGAUAACAUCUGAAUGUAUUCAGUAAAUAAAUUGUUCCUAUUUGCUGUUUUCACUAGAUUUGUUUGUAUGUCUUUCAUACAUCCUUAUGUAUGCA